AUGCCAUCCUUUUUGCCCACCACAAAGCUGAAAAAAUUGAGGGCCAGCAAGCUAGAAAAACAGGAAAGCGCGCUGUCGAGACUCAGCAAUUACAGUGGGAGCGAUGUUCUUUCGCCAGAUGAUGACGCUUCACAGGGUGGCAAAUCCUUGACUCUUGAAGAAGAGAACGCCUUGUUGGACAAAGAAUUGGAUGAACUUCGAAAAGUCAGAGAAAACCUUUCUUCAGAGACAGGAAAGAAGAAGAAAAAGAAAAAGAAGCCAAGCGAUGAUGCCUCAGCGAUGGAGAGUGUAGGCACUCCUGCUACAAAGAGGAAAAAGAAGAAGUCUAGGCCGUCAAGCGUAUCAUCCGCUGCUGGAAAUGAGAUUGUGUACGACGACGAUGACGAUCAAACAGAUGUUGUGGAUUCCUUGCCCAUCUCGGAUACUCCAAGAAAGAAGAAGAAAAAGAAGAAGUCAAGUGACGGGAGUGUUGUUAGCGAAAUGACGAUGGGGACGACAGGAACAAAGAAGAAAAAGAAGAAGAAAAAGGUUUCUGCUGAUGGUGAAGACGGAGACGAAAGCACCAUUGCGACAAACAAAAGUGGCGGUACCAAGAAAAAGAAGGUCCGCAAGUCGAAAAGUUCGAGGUCGAGCGAUGUCAGUGCAAUGACAGAAUUCAGCGCAGACGACAAUGAUCGAUAUAGCACCAGAGCCAGCGAACGCGUGAGUGAACUUGGCGAGCUUAAAGAAGGCGAAGAGUAUGACAACGCUGUCCCUCCUACCCCCGGUGGCACCAGAAAGAAAAAGAAGAAGAAGAAGAAAUUGGGAGAUGAAGAGAGCGUGGGAACGAUGGGGACCAAGGGCACGAAGGGUACCAAGAAGAUGCGGAGGAAAAAGAAAUCUGAAACUUCAGCGAGCAGUGACUCUGGUACUCUGAAUGAUUUGAUUGAAGGAAAUACUAUUUCUUUCGACCCAUCUGAGAUGGACUCGUUAGACCCAGCAGAGAGAAGCUUGGGUAUGAGGGGUAUAUCGGAGAGGGGAGAGAGAACUUUUGCUCCAAAGGCGAGAAAAACGAGGUCAUCGAGCAAUGUUAGUACGCUUAGAGAACCGAUUCAAGAAGAACGACCCGUGAAGAUGAAGUCAAAGGCAUCGGGAGGUGCCGGAGUGGGACCGACCAACGACGACGAUAGUGCCUACAGUGAACUUUCAAUGAGUACAUUUGACAAGGCAGCUGUGGCCGACGUAGACGACGAGCUGAAACCAAUACGGCGAGGUCGAAAGAGUCAGGUUGCGAAUCAGGAAAAUACUGCUGAAGAGAAAUCGAGUCCAAUACAGCCUGCUGGCGAGGUAGACGCUGGAACCUCUCAGUUCUUUGCCACUUUUGCUUUCGAAGGCGACACCGCUGGAUCACAACUUAGCUUUCCCAGUGGAGCCUUGAUUACCGCGAAACCUAAUCAAGACGGUGCCUGGUGGUGGGGGUCUUACAACGGGAUGCAAGGAUGGUUUCCUCCAACCUACGUCACGGAACAGCAGGAGCAAACUACCGUUGUUGCGGAGCCAGAGACGGUGAUAAAAGAGUCGAACCAUGAAAACGACGAAAAUCCUCCAGUGAAAUUGGCGGCGGCUAUAGCUGUCACUGAAGAAAUCGAAGAGCCAGCGGUGGUAGCAGAAACUCCAGUGGUUGUAGAAGAGCAAGAAGAGGACGAAGAGGAGCAGCCACAUGAGCAAAAGAUAUUGAUGGAACAAGAUCAGAGCCAAGAUGUUGAUCCAACCAUUGCCAGCCCGAUUCAAAUUGAAGAUCCAAUCGAAUCCAUUGUGCAAGCGGACCCCUCAGAUGAUUCUGCUCAUGGAGGCAUUGCUUCAAGUGACGAUGGUCAAGACCCUGCAACAAAUGAUGUGCGAGACUGCAUGGAUACGACCUUAGACUCUGGUGAACCAUUGGUGGAGCCCAUUGCCGAGCCCGAGACAUUGGCUAGCGCCGAUUGCAUUGAUGCAGAAGUUACCGAACCUGUGGAAGCUUCGGAACCAUAUCAUCAAGACGACUCGCAAAUUCCAGAAGAAGCUGUCGAGAUUGGUGUGGCAUUCGAAGUCGAAGCCGACAGUAGUCGCAUCAAUGUUGCAGCACACGACUCGGAUUCUGAAGAUGAAGCCUCACCGAUGGAUCCAGCAAUUGAGAGUAGUGAAGUCAAUGCAGAUGCUGCCGGGUCCGACGUGAUUGAAGACAGGGAUUCUCCACCCUUGCAUGAUCAAGAAGACGAAACCAAGUCAUCGUCAUCUGAAUCGGAAGGACAGGCUCCGAUGAAUCCUUUCAAUGCUGCCGCCAGCAAGAUCAAUCAUGUUGCUCACGACUUGAAGGAGAAGGCGGAAGAGAUCAAAGAGAACAAGCCCGUACUAAAUGCGGUUCGCGGUGCUGUUGAAGAUUUGAAGGAAAAGCAACCCAUCAAGACGGCCGUCCAAGGUUUGGUAGAAGAUAUGAAGGAGAAAAAACCUUUGGAAUCAAUGUUCCAUGAGGCUGGAGAGAUUGUUGCAGGAAUCGAAGAGAAAGUGGGCGAUGCAUUGGGUGAAAGCGAGCCAGCUGAAUUGGAGGAAGAAGUAAUGAGCGAAGCCGAACUGGUGCAGUUGGAAAGUCCAGUAAUAUCUGAUGAAGAAUCGGAAUCGUCUGAGGAAACUGUGCAGGAGGAAGUUGAUGAAAAAACGAUGGAUCCUGAGGAGUUGAAGAAAAUGGUCGCAGCUGAAAAGGAAAGAGUUGAGCUGCUACUGGAAGAACUCGUCCAGCGAGAAAGGGAAAACGCCGCAGAAAAGCUUGAAUUGCAGACAGAAAACGAGAGCCUGUCGAAAGAGAAAGAGUUUCUUGAACUGCAAACGGAAAAUCUCAAGCAAGAGAAUGAACAAAUGGAUCGUGCCAUUUUCUUUACAGAAUACCAACUGGAAGAUCUGAGAGACAACGAUGAAGCUGAGCAUGACGAAAUGAUGCUUGACCUAGAAGAUGAAAACGACGCGCUCAAAGAGCAGCUUGCAGUAUAUACAAACUUCAUCCGCAAACUCCGGGAGGACGAGUAUGAUCGUCUCCAGCAAGGAAAAUACCGAAUGAUCGAAAUCUUGGAAGAAGGAGAGGACGACAACAGCGAAAUGGAUGACACGAUUGGCCCUGCUCGUGAUAUCAACUUGGAGGAGAAGGAAGAAGUAUCAGUUGCCUCCGGCAGAAUCAAGGUUCGCGGCGAGCUUCUAAAAGUAUCCGCGAAUCUUAAAGAGAGCAACUUGGUCAUUGAACACAAUCGCAUGGCUAUCGAGCAGCUGAAAGCGAAACUCGAAGAAACCCGAAAGGAUAACAGCGUACAGACGGCAAUGGAAGAAGUCAACGGCAUGAAGGAUGAUGUGAAGAUUGCCUUGCUGACGGCAAUGCACGAAAAGGAAGAGCUGCAACGCAAGAUUGACAAGGAAGACGCAGCGAUCAAAGAAAUGGAAGCAGAGAUUGCGAAGCUGAGUACCAAGCAAACAAGUAUAUGGGGAUGGAUCGCAGGUGCUGAAGAGUCGGAGUCUGAAUCAGAAGAAGAUACGGACGAAGAAGGAGAGGAAGACGACAAUGUUGACGCUCUGUUAUUAAGUCCCGAGGAAUCAGUCCGAAAGACAGGAGAUGCCAUGAUGCAACAGAAGUUGCGGGAAAGCAGACUAUUAUUGCAAUUUUGA